GGAGAGAGGGGAUGAAGAGAGAGAAAGGACAAAACGUGGCGUUUGAGGAGAGAGAAUGAGGGGGAAGAGUUUCAAAGACCGUGCUGGUCGAAGUUUGAUGGAGAGAGGAGAGAGAGAAGUUCAGAACCCAGGAGUCCGGGACACAAGUGUUUUGACUCAUGACGGAAAGAGAGGAGAGAGAAAGUAGAGAGAGACUUUCCUAGUUGGGGGUGUUCAUGGGGUGGCUGUCCGGGGAAAAAUGCGAAUCUCUAGCUUCACUUCUCACCAAAAUUUAGCAGUUUCAGAGAUUUUGUCUCUCAUCCAGUCUAGAGGAGUCCCCCCUUGCCAUUGAGCAAAAAAACGGGCCUAAGAAUAGAAUGCAUGGUUUAGUCUUGGUUUUUAACAGGCAAACCUUUCUCAGAAGAUGGGUCAAUGGAGCUUUUACAGGAAAGCUCCUCUCUUGGGGCGCCUGCAACUACCUCAAGGAACCUCUCUUCUUCUUCCUCAGCUUUUGUAUCAGCUGUUCAAUCCCCUUUCUUCUCCCCAAGGUCCCCACCCUUUCUUGGAUCUUCUUCCAAUUUAUCAGAUCCAAUGGGGUCAGACGCUCAAAGCUCUUCCAACCUGCUGAUUUCUCUGCAAAACCAUGGCUUUCCUGAUGUUUCGAGAGACCCCAAUUCUUGCCCCUCCUCCAUUGAUGCACUGAAGAGCUCCCAUGGUGUUUCUGUCACUAACUCUGGCAAGAAGUGGGAGGAGAAGACAACCCGUGAUCUCGACUCUCGUCUUAGAGCCCACGAUGCUUCUCUCUCAACCUUGAGCAGGAAGUUGGAAUCCAGACAAAUCCAUGAUCUUGAUUCGCUGCAUAAUGGCUCUCUCGCUCUUUCUCUUUCUAAGUUUGCGAGAAACACUGAAUUGAAUCAUGUUUCUCCAUUAAAGGACAGCCCUCCUAGCAAUUCAUCUCACUACAGUGGCUCCACAAGCAGUGGCUAUGUCGGGAGCACAGAGAAACGCUCUGCAAAGAGUAAGAAAACAGGAAUUUGUAGCUCUUCUAGAACCCAUGAAUCCUCUUCUUUUAUUCAAACUCCACUCUCUCUCCCUUCAUCAGCGAGGCUAAGGAGCUGUGAUGUCUAUAUUGGGACUCAUGGUCGAAGGCCUUCGCUUCUUCGGUUCAUCAAAUGGCUAAGAGCUGAAUUUGAAUUGCAGGGAAUCACUUGUUUCGCAGCCGACAGAGCUCGAUACAGUGAUUCUCGAAGCCAUGUCUUAGCUGAGAGAGUGUUGAACUCUGCAACUUUUGGCAUGGUGAUCAUAACCAGGAAGUCUUUUUCGAAUCCUUAUAGUAUAGAGGAGCUCAGGCACUUCAUGAGUCGGAAGAAUUUGGUCCCGAUCUUCUUUGAUUUGGGCCCUGGUGAUUGUUUAGCCCGAGACAUUAUUGAGAAGAGAGGAGAAUUGUGGGAGAAACAGGGUGGGGAGCUAUGGAUGUUAUAUGAUGGAUUGGAGAAAGAGUGGAAAGAAGCAGUUGAGGGUCUUUCCAGGGUUGAUGACUGGAAAUUGGAUGCUCAUACUGGUAAUUGGAGGGACUGUAUACUGAGUGCUGUGAGCCUCUUGGCGAUGAGACUCGGUAGGAGGAGUGUGGCAGAGAGAGAGAGGGAGAGGAAGGAGAGGGCAGAGAGAGAAGAGUUCCCAUUUCCUAGGAAUGAAGAUUUUGUGGGGAGGAAGAAAGAGCUUCUCGAGCUCGAGCUUAUCUUGUUUGGGGACUCUGGAGAGGAGUGUGAAAGCGACUAUAUCGAUAUCAAGGCCAGGCACAAGAGGAAAAGCCUGGUUAUUGGAAAGAAAAAGCAUGUAGGACAUCAUGACAAGGGGGAAGGGAGAGAAACAGAGAGGCGGAGCUCUGAUAGGAAAAAGGAUAGAGAGAAACCUGAGACUAGCAAAGGAAAAGAGCAGGUGCUAUGGAAGGAGUCCGAUCAAGAGAUCGAAAUGGAAAAAGUUGAGGGUUCUCACAGGAAGGGCAGGCCCUUUAAGCCUAAGCACAAAGGAAGGCAAAUGAGGGGGAAGAGAUAUGUAAACAUAUUAUAUGGAAAGGGAAUUGCUUGUGUUUCUGGUGAAUCUGGUAUUGGCAAAACUGAACUUCUUUUAGAGUUUGCCUAUCGAUUUGCUCAGAGAUACCGAAUGGUUUUAUGGGUGGGAGGUGAAUCAAGAUAUCUUCGCCAGAAUUACUUGAAUUUGAGCCGGCUCUUGGGGCUUGAUGUGAGCAUGGAGACUCAAAUAGGCCCCAACAAAUACAAAACGAAGAGCUUCGAGGAGCACGAGGCCGAGGCUGUACACAGGGUGAAGAGAGAGUUAAUAAGAGAUAUCCCCUUCUUACUCAUCAUCGACAAUCUCGAGCGUGAAAGGGAUUAUUGGGAUGGUAGAGAUAUAAUGGAGCUACUUCCCCGUUAUGGGGGAGCAACCCAUGUCAUAAUUUCCACUCGUCUCCCUCGUAUAUUAAAUCUAGAGCCACUGAAACUCUCCUACUUAUCAAGCAUGGAGGCCUUGUCUUUAAUGAAGGGUAGAGAGAGAGAGAUUUCUACAGCUGAGCUAGACGCCCUCAGGGUUAUCGAAGAGAAAUUAGGGCGGCUCACGUUGGGUCUUGGACUGGUUGGUGCCAUUCUUAGUGAGCUUCCGACAGUGAGCCCCACGAAACUUCUUGAAGCCAUUAACAGAUUGCCUGUAAGAGAUAUUGUAUGGGGUCCUAAAGAUGACCUAACUCUUGGAUCCCAUCCUUUUCUCAUGCAACUUCUUGAAUACUGCUUUUCUGUACUUGAUCAAGUUGAUGAAACCAAGAAUUUGGCCACAAGAAUUAUAUGGGUGAGUGGCUGGCUUGCCCCCUCCCCUAUUCCCGUAUCAUUGUUAACCUUAGCUGCUCAAAAAGUAAGAGACAAGAAUCCAGGGAUUCAAUUAUGGAAUAAGUGUUGGAGUAUAGUAGCUUGCAACUUUAUGAGUUCCCAUGUUAUGAGGUCUGGGAUUGAAGCUACUGCAAUGUUGGUUCGUUUCGGUCUUGCUAAAAUUUGUAGCAAAGAGGAUCAUAUCUAUGUGCAUGAGCUUUUCAAGCUUUAUGCUCGAAAGAGAGGGGGUUUAGGUGCAGCUCGAGCCAUGGUUCGAGGGCUUACAACAGCUGUGAUUCAGGCAAAUAGCAGAUUGGCUUUUUCGGAGCACUAUGACCAUUUGUGGGCUGCUUGCUUUUUGGUAUUUACAUUUGGAACUGAUCAGGUAACUAUUGAACCCAAGCUUCCUGAGCUCUUAUCAUUCAUGAGUAGAGCAGCCUCACCUCUCGCUCUUCAAGCAUUCAACCAAUUCUCGAGGUGCCAAGCUGCUUCAGAACUUCUUCGUCUAUGCAUUGCGGUAUUGGAUGCUGCAGAUGAAUCCUUUGCUUCCAAGGUUGAAAAGUGGUUGGAUAAAUCCUGUUUUUGGAGGAGAUCAAUUACAAGUGGGUCCGAGAUGAAUGAGCAUAUUUGGCAAGAAGCCACCCUCUUGAAGGCCAGAAUUCUAGAAACUAGGGCAAAGUUGUUGCUUAAAGGAGGCCAAUAUGACAUUGGAGAAGAACUUUGUAGGACCUGUAUCAAUAUCAGAACGGUGAUAUGUGGCCCGGACCACCCCUUGACGAAGGAGGCCCAAGACACACUGGCUAAGUUAGUUAGGUUCCAUACAAACUCAGAGAGAGGUUAAAUUGGGGGUUUAAUUAUAGAAUAAAGUUAUUUUGUGGUUUUAUUUUAGUGAGACUUUACAUUUACCAAAAGACAAACACACCAAGGGAAGUUAAGCUAUUGGAGCAAAGUUAUGCCCCUUGUAGUUUUUGUCUUCCUUUUUUCCAUAUUGGAUGCUUUGUAGUUAUUCUUUCUAAUUAAUGAAUCAAACUUCUGCUCA